GCAGUCGUAUUCACUCGUACAACGUUUUGUACGGCCUGUCACUUUCAAACCGAAAACGACCGCCAUAAGUGAAAGACGCAGAAAGAAAAAUCAUACUAUCGAUACACGCGAAGCAGUUGUGGAAAAAGUCUAGAUAUUUUUCUAAUGCGGUGCUGGAAGUGAAAAUUUUCUUGUACAAACAGGAAAAGUCUGCCUUUGACUGUGCUUAGUGGAAGAAAAACGUCUUCAUUUGUUCGGUUUUGUGGAAUCUAGUGAUCAGCGAAAAGCAAUACGAAAAUCGAGAAUGUUCAACAGCAAAAAGGAUAUCGAUCGUCACGUAAAAACUUCUCUUGCAAAAUUACCAGAAAAUGAGAAAUAUCAACGCGGCUUGGCAAUUGCCCGUCAGUACUUUAAGUUGGGUGAGUAUGCUAGUGCCGAGCAUUGGUUGUCUUGUUUCAUCUCGGUGCAGGAGGACAGUGCUCAAGCGCAUAAGUUGCUCGGCCAGUGCUAUGAAAAGCAGAAGAAAAUAGACCGGGCCAUUACAUCGUACCAGCGUUCCCUGCAGUUGGAUUCAAAACAAACCGGAUUGAUCACUGACGUCUGCAAGUUACUGCUAUCGGAUGAUAAUUUCAGUCGGAACUUGUCGAAAGCAAAACACUGGUGCGACAUAGCCGAAACGGAACGAAUCAACCAUGAAGCGGUAUUGAAUCUUAAGCUGAAAGUUGCUAACAAAGAUGCUACCACGGACAACAAGCUGGUAAAGGAGAUUAUUUUGAAGGAGAUUUGUGCUCGUCCGUUAGAUCCUGGACUAAGAAUACGCCUUGUAAAACAUUUCGUUGACGAAAAAAAGCUGGACGAUGCAUUCAAAUAUUGCUUUGAUAUUGAAAUGAAGUUUACGGAAACGUUCCAACAGUCGGUUGAAUGGGCCAAUGCAAUUUCUUCAAUGCUAACGAAGUACGCCGAGUCAAAGGCCAAUACUGUCCAGUCAAACUGGGGCUACUGGUUGCUUUCGGUGAUGAUCUUGGAUCGUCAAAUUUAUCUGAACCUUCUCGCAGAUUCAUCGCUUCAGGCUAUUAAACAAAGCAACAUAAAAGAAAUCUCAACACUGUUGUUUGAGUUCGAUCAAACGCUGCGCAAGUUUUCCGAAAAAGGAAAGAACUCUUGUCCGCAGAAACAGUUGGCGGAGGAAUUCCUUCGGCAUUAUCGCGGUCAACUGACGUUACAUUCGGCUUCUCUGUUGUUCAAAAAUGAAAAGCAAGGCGGAAAAGCCCGUGAUGUUACCGCUAAAUGUUUGCCGCUUUUGUUCCUAGCCUAUCAGUGUGGUGUGCCCGAUUCAGAUGAGCCGUGGUUGAAGCAUACCAACGAUAACACCCGUCAGCUAAUGGCUCACUGGAACAAACAGGCGUCCUAUCGAUGCUGCCAGGCUGGCAAUGCCAUUCUGUCAUGUGUGGACGAGAGCGUUGAUGCUUCAGUAAUUGCUCAAAUACAGAGUGUAACCGAUAGCAAGAUUUGGAACACCGCUGAGGAUUUGGUGAAUCAGGUCCGUCAAUUUUGCUCGGACAUCAACUGGAAGAAGAUCAUUUUCCGUUCGCUAUACAGCAACAACGGUGAUCAAACAUCCAAAAUAUCAUUGUCAUACUUCAUGCAGAGCACGUCCGUCGGAGAACCAGAGUACACACUUCCGAAACGUGAGCACCUGCAGAUGUAUUUGGAGAUUGCUCAGUAUCUGUUUCCUUCGUCGUUACCGUACCAGGUCUACUUAGGGCUAGGGUUAGACGAUUUGUCAGAGUUGAAAUGCAAAUCUUUCAGUGGGUUGACACUGUCUACCAACAAUUUAGACAAUUGUAACGUCGAAACGUUGAAUCAGCUAGAUGUGGACUCGUUCCUGUAUUGUUCGAUUUUGGUAGCCAAAAGUUGUUUAGAUGGAGAACGAAAGUAUCAGGAUAAGGUAAACACUGGCAGACCUCUCAUUUUGCCCGGGCCGAACAUGAUUCCGGGAUUGUGCGAGGAAGACAAGGUGGAUUGGUGGAAUGCGGCUUGUUCAGUGUUCAGAAAUACCAAUAUGGAGGGAUUACCUUUGAACAAACAACUGUUGCAGCAUGGUUUACAAGCUGUACGUGGCACAGGAACUCCAAUCACCGAUGUAAUUGUGCUGCUGAAAUUGGGUAAAAUUCUAGCCAAAAGAGGUAGUGCAACGGUUCUGCCCGAAGAACGACGGCAAUUAGAACUGAGAGCGGAAAGUGUUUAUAAGUCGGGCGUUUUGCUGUGGAAAAUUCGAAAUGAGGCGUCGUUCAGCAAUACGAAUAUUUUCUUCAAGCAUGGCAUUGAUUCAUAUGAGUGUAAUCAGGAAGCGGUAAAACUAGCUGAGAACGCUCUGACUUACUUGGCUGGAGUGUACUUCAAACAUGGGCGCUAUGAGGAAUUCACACACGAUUUUGGAGGCAUCCCACUUCCUUUUGCUGCCUAUUAUCGAGCCGAGGCAUUCAAAAAGUUAGAUGAGUCAAAUAAAACUCCACUUAAGACAAAGAAAUUCUACACUGAAAGAGCACGAGAUUGCAUUAAACAAACUCAGAAAUACUUGGAACUUCCGUACAUAGAGAAGAGUCAUCCUUUGCACUAUGUGGUCAACAGCGAGAUGAAACGUUUGCAGUUGAACGAAUCGUUAGACGGGAGCUUCAAUAGUUCCAUUAAUGGCUUUGGAGCGGCUGGUGCUGACGAUAGCGACCAUUUUCAGUCGUUCAGUUCAUCGGCCAAUACUGGCCUAAACAGGUCGGAACGAGAAGUAGUCGCGAAGACAAAUGAACUAGAAAGUUUAAUCAGAAAAAUGAUGGAAACACUGAAUUUUGUUAAAGAGGAUGUUCUAAACAUUAGAAAUGACGUUGGAGAUAUCCAAGAAAGAUUGGUCAAAAUUGAGGAUAAUAUUUACAAAAAACCAACUGAUGAUGACGCGACUACUGCUGCUUCCGUCUUCAAUGAUUUGUACAUGCUGGAUGAGCUGCAAAACCCUUCCUAUGUAAACCAAUCGGCUUACAACCCGACUCUUCAACAGCAAUUAACACCAAACCUGCCACCAGGUCACUCUCGAAUGUCUAAUCAUCAAGCCGCAGCCGCUGCAGCUGCGGCAGUAGCUAUGCAGCAACAAAAUUCCUACCAGCAGUUUUACAAUACAUCAUAUCCAAUGUACAUGCAACAAUAUGCUCAACAACAAGGACGCGCACAACAAAUCGGUGCAGUUGCUUCACCUAUGCACACUUAUCAGGAUAACAACCUACUAGCACCCGCCACUCCGGCUGCCUAUUAUCAGCAACAAACUCCAACCCAGCCGUCGCUCCCGCCAGUCCCUAUCCCACAUCAUCAACAAGUGACAGUACCCGCUCCGAAAGGAUCUGCACUUAUUGAACAAGCGCUUCAAACACCUACUUUGUUGAACACGUGGAACUCGACUUACAAUUCCAACUUUCCAUCCACAUCCACUCCGCACAUACCAACCCCUCUAGAUAAAGCUCCACCGGUCAAUGUAGUAAUCACCAGCUCAGAUCCUCUUCCAACAAACAUAUCGAUUGGAACAACUCAACCAACGUACAGUGUAACGAUUCCCCCACAACACAUAAAACACAGCGUUGUGAGUAACACAUCCACUGCGGUCACAUCUGUAAUUUCAUCGGUGGGUGCGGGCAUUGAAAAUAUAUCUCCCGUUGGCCAACAAACGAUAAAUACUAAAUAUCCAAUGCCAGCUCCAAAAGCUACAGUUCCAGCAAUCAACCCUGGCAUGUUCAGCCAGAGUAUUAACAAUUCGGUAAUAAAUGAGAUGGUCGAGGAUGAUGAGGACGAAAAUGUUGGCAACAUUUCCGGAGAGUAUGAUCCUCGUCCGGAUUUCAAGCCGAUCAUUGCUCUACCGGAUGAAGUCGAAGUUAAAACUGGAGAAGAAAAUGAAGAAACGAUAUUCUGUGGACGCUCCAAGCUACUUCGUAUGGUGAAUAAAGAGUGGAAGGAGCGAGGCCUCGGAGAUUUGAAGAUUUUGAAGAGCAAAACCGAUCCAACCAAAUAUCGAAUCGUCAUGCGUCGGGAUCAGGUUCAUAAGAUUGCCGCAAAUCACUCGAUUAGUCCAGAACUGAUAAUCAAACCUAUGGAAAAGAACAAUAAGUGUUACAUGUGGGCGGCAAUGGACUUUGCCGAUGAGGAACCAAAAAAGGAAACUUUCUGUGCACGUUUUGCAUCGGUCGAAUCGGCCAAAGAAUUUCACGACAAAUUCAAUAAGGCGAAAGAGGAGAUUAUUCGACUGAAGAAACAAAAAGAAACACAAAACGCCAAGGUUAAUACGGCUCCGGUUUUAACCUUCGGUAAUAUAGCAGCUACAACUACAACCAGUAAACCUUUGUUUGGUUCCUCGUUAAGUAGUUCGACGAGUGUUACCACAUCAACAACAUCAGCUACAACCAGCGUGACAAGUUCAUUCCAGGGAUUCACAUUUACCAACAACUUUGCCCCCAAGCUUCAAACACCGGCAGCUCACCCAGAGGCGUCAGAGAAGGAACCCAGUAAGCCAAGCCCGUUUGCUUCGUUUACGUUCGGGGGUGGUAAAUCUGUUACAAAUGUUACGACUAACAACGACUCCGGUAAUAACAAAUCAUUAAGUGACAUCUUCAGCAGUUUAAACAAACUUUCUUCGCCAGCGACUGGGACCUGCCCUCCUACCGUAUUGAAAACACCGGAAAAAGAUUCAAACACGACUGCAGAUGAGGUGGUCGAAGAUUUCGUUCCAACAGCGGAUUUCAAGCCUGUGAUCCCACUUCCGGAUUUGAUAGAAGUGAAGACCGGCGAAGAAGAUUUCGAUUGUGUGUACGAACAUCGUGCGAAAAUAUACAGACUGGACAAGGAAACAAAAGAGUGGAAGGAACGUGGUGUCGGCAACAUACGAGUACUAGUGAAGAAGGAUGACAGCAACACAGUGCGGUUGCUGAUGAGACGCGAGCAGGUACUGAAGUUGUGCUGCAAUCAGUUAAUUACCAAGGACAUAAAGUUUUCACUAAACGAAAUUAACAAAUCAUUGACCUGGGUGGGACAUGAUUACUCAGAGAAUGAGCUGACUCUGGAAUGCUUUGCCAUUCGCUUCAAGACCAAGGAUAUUCUAGAUGAUUUCCAUAACAUAAUCAAAAAAGUUCAGCUGGCUAUGAGCUCUAAAUCAGAAACUGGGGUACACAAAGAAGAGGUGAAACCGACGGAACAAAAAGGCUUUGGAGACAUGUUUAAACCGAAGGCUGGUAUGUGGACCUGUGAAGCUUGUUACGUGUCCAACAAAGCUGACGAUCUACAUUGCAUUUCUUGUGCCAGUCCUAAAGAUUCUACAGUACCGCCUAAAAAAGAAACCAAUCUUUUGGAUUUAUCGAAAUCGACAAGUACGUUUAAAUUUGGAGUGCAACCAGCCACUGAGUCAGCCAAGUUUAGUUUUGGUGUUCCUACAAUUACUACAAAACCAGCUGAAUCUGCGAAAAAAGAAGAACCCAAAGGAUUCGGCGAUCAGUUUAAACCGAAAGUAGGCUCUUGGUCAUGCAGCAGCUGCUAUCUUAGUAACAAGGGGGAUGAUUUACAUUGUGUGGCGUGCGAUACGCCCAAAGAUCCAACAGUACCAAAGAAGGACGGUAAAGCUGACGGCGACACACCAAAGUUUAACUUUGUACCGGGUGGAGGCUUCACCUUCAGCACAUCAGCUCCAACAGUUGCAUCUGAUGCUAUCAGCAACAAAUCUGCACCCACUACUAUAAGCAAUAUAUCUGCACCAAGUGUUAUUACGAGUACCCCUUCAAAAGGAGGUUUCAGUUUUGGAUCUACUGGUGGAUCGGGAUUUUCUUUUGGUACUGCAUCGGUAGCUCCAGCUGUGUCAAAUGCGUCUGUUACAACAAGCUCCCCAUCAAGUUUCCGAUUUGAAUUGCCCAAACCUACCUUGUCGUUUGGUUCUACUUUAAACGAGGCUACAGCCGCAGAAGAGAAACCUAUCAAUAGUUCCAUGCUACCUGCUCCGGAAAAACAGACCUUUGAGUUUGUCUUUAAACCAAAAUCUCCUGGUAAGCCAAAAAGUCCCGGCCGAACGAUCAGUGUCGGAUCUGAAAAUGCAGAAGGAGAAGCAGAGGAAGGCGAUGGGUGUGCAGAGGAAGAGAAUAACACUUACUUCACUCCAGUGAUUGCACUACCGGAGAAAGUUGAGAUAAAAACUGGUGAAGAAGAUGAGGAUGUGCUUUACUCGCACAGGGCCAAGCUAUAUCGUUUCAUGGAUAAGGAGUGGAAGGAACGCGGGAUUGGCGAUGUAAAGAUCCUUAAGCACAGGACUAGUGGCAAGCUAAGGGUUGUAAUGCGCCGGGAUCAAGUGUUGAAGAUAUGCCUCAAUCACGCCCUAGACACAACCGUUGACUACCAGAAGAAGGAUGAAAAGUCCUGGCAAUUUGUGGCGAAUGACUUCUCCGAAGGCACAUUUGAGGUGAUGAAUUUCUCACUACGUUUCAAAUCGUCGGAAAUUGCGGGCGAAUUCAGAGAUGCAAUCAAACGAGCGCUGGGGGGUGAGUUGGUGAAGACUCCUACCGGAACCGAAAACGAGCACGAAGUGACUCUGGAUACUACAAUUUCGACUCCAAAUAGCAACUUCAACUUCUCGCAACUAAGUGAUAUAUCACUGAAUGAUAGAGAACUGGCAGUUAGUUUAAAGCUUCCGGAAAACUUUUUCGAAUCUCCGAAUCAACCCUGCACGGGUUGUAGAGGUUGCGAACCUGAUAGUUUCCAAUUUCCAAGCUACGCAAUGGUGGUGAACAAGGAGCUUGAAGAUGAUAAACCACUACCAAUAAGCUUAAAAGAUGUCAAACCUCUGCCUGUAACACAAAAGUUUAACAAAUCUCCGAAGAAAGUGAGCUUCUCUGACAAUAUCGAGGAGCAGAAGAUGGCAAGCCUCUUCAAUUCGUUGUCCACAAAGCAGGAAACUAAAUCACCAUUUAGUGUUAGCAGUUUUGUUGCAGCUGAAAAGUCUUCGUCAGCGACCGUUUUUGGAGGAGCUUCUAAACAAGUAGAACAAAAUACACCAAAGUCCAUAUUUGGAGGUUUGUCAACAACCGGAUCCAUAUUUUCUUCCUCCCUCAAUACUACUCCAAAAACAGUCAUCAUACCCGCUCAGUCUUCGGCCGACAAAUCAAAGUCACCGUUGCUACAACCAUCUGUGUUUGGUUCAGCAUCACCUGCACUGAAUAAAUCUGUUGAGGGAGUGAAAUUAUUUGGAAGUGGUUUCGGCCAGAACGCUGUUAGCACAAACAUUUUCGGGGGAUCACCAACUAUAACGACUGCUGCAAACGAGGAAGGUUCGAAGACUGCUAACAGUAACGUGUCAAAACCAAUUUUUGGUUCAACUGGUACUAAUAGCACAUUCGCUGGAGUUGAUAAUACGACGCCUAAAUCAGUUGUUGGUACAGAUGUUUCCAAUACAACUGAUGCAGGAGGGGAACAAAAACUGUUUGGUUCCGGUGGUAAUCAAAAAGUGUUUAGCUUCGCUGAUGCUGCUAAGGGGUUUGAUAAAAACAGUACUAAUGUCACCAAAUCGGAACCCGAUUUUCUGAAGAACUUCAAUUCCGGUGUUGAUUUCGCUGCUCUGGCAUCUGGUACAACUAGUAACUUCUUGACCAAGCAGAGCGCACCCAACAGUGGCUUUGUUGGUUUGACGGUCAAAGAAGACUUUUUCACUAGAAUGGCAAAUAAAACUAAACUUGACAAUAGUGGCGGAGCUGAUCAUGAAAACGACGACGGAACAGUUGGAGAAGAGAACUAUGAUCCCCAUUAUGAGCCAAUCAUUCAAUUGCCUGAUGAAAUCGAAGUGCGAACUGGGGAGGAGGAUGAGAUCAAAUUGUUCGGAGAUAGAGCUAAACUGUAUCGAUACGAUGCAGAUACUAAAGAAUGGAAGGAACGAGGUGUUGGUGAACUAAAGAUUUUGCAUCACCCGGGACGCAACAGUUAUCGACUGCUGAUGCGCCGGGAACAAAUUUUCAAACUAGUGCUGAACCAUGCUGUGACGGAGGACCUACAAAUAUCUCCGUUGAACAACUCGACGAAAGCAUUCUCUUGGGCUACUUUGAACCAUGCCGAGGAAGGUCCACAGCUUGAGCACUUGGCGGUUCGGUUUAAAAACGAAGACAUCGCAAGCAUCUUCAUGACCGCCUUUGAUCAGUGUCAAGAAAAGCUACGAUUGAAGCCACACUUGGAACCGGACCAGGAUUAGUACCGGCUAUACGCUGGACGUAAGUAAUUAAUUAAGAAAAGGUAGUUAUUCAUUUUUAAUGUUAUGAUAAUUGGUAGUCUGUUGCAUCUCAGUUUAUCUGUUUUCUGUACUUCUUCUGUACUGUACUUCAAGCUACAAUUUAAUUCGGUUACAACAAAUCGUUACUGUCCAGAAAAAAAUCCGAUCAUGUUAUCUGCAAAAUAAAAUUCACACGAAGGUGAUGGACAGAAUUUUGCCAGCCAGAGUUAAUUUCUUUUGUUUCAUCAAAAUUCGUUUUUGCGCGUGAGCCGCCUAUUCUUCCUAAUUGUGGAAACAAAACUGAACAGACGUUAAACUGUUGUCUCUUAUAUGUAUAACCUCUUUUAUUCAAUACUAUAAGCUACAAUUAAAAAAGUAACUUGAAGUGACAACCAUGCGUGGGCAGAAUCCUCUGAAUAUAUUGAAUCCCGCAAAAAAAAAUUAAAGAAAAGACUGACGUGUACCUAGUGAAAAUUAUUGAAGACAAUUUUCCACCCCAGGCAUGGCCAGUUUUUCACUUCAGGUUAGUUUUGAUGGGUGCCGCUUGUAGCGGAUUAGGCUAUUACUAUCGAAUGUAAGCAUUUAGAUCGUAAGCACAUUUGACACUAAACGAGGUUUGGCUAUUUUUUCCGAUAUUUUCGCGCAAACUACUUUUUCGAUUUGAGUUUGUUCAGAGCUCUCAACAACAACUACGUCUUGUUGAAUGUCUAUCGGAAAGUGUCAUAGUUAACCACAUUGGCAAAUCAAGGCUAAUUAAAAAGUUUCAAUGUAAUUGAUAUGACA